AUGGAUUUCAAUUCAGAUGAGUGCAAGAUGUUCUACUUUGGCAAGUAUAACCAGGGUAGAACUUACCCAAUGAUCGGUAGGGCUCUGGAGAACAUUGAGGAACAGAGGAAUCGAGAAGUACAAAUCAGGAACCUGGGCUGGAGAGUUCAGAAGGAACGCCGGGCGCACAGAGAUACCGAGCCCGGGACCCAGCCAGGCGUGAGCAAAGGUCGAGGCAAAUCGGGGACGGAGCGACUCAGAGACCAGCCGGGGGCCAAGGGAAGGAGAGACCGAGGCCAAUUCGGGGAAACGGAGGCAGUGAGACUGGGGACCAGGACCAAAUCGCAGAGCGGUAGAGCCCAGGACCCAACCGGGGAACCGGGAGUAGAGCGACCCGUGGACACAGACACGCAGAGCCCGGGGACCACGUGCCGAUCGGUGCCGCACAUGUGCCGCUAUUCGGAGAGCCUUUCUGAGCCGCUACCCCCGAGCGGAGUCUUCAGCGGAAAGCGGGUGGAGCCGAAGCCGAAGCCCCGCUACCAACCGGGCAGGAGCCGGCGGCCGCGCCGGGUGCUCUACCCGGCCAGGUCCAGGCGGUAUCUGCCCCCGCCGGAACGGGACUGCCCGCGGCUCUGGCUCUUCGCACUCUGCGCGGUGGUGGCGAUGCAAGUCUGCGCCGAGCGGCCGGAUGACGACGGCGAGUGGUCGGCUGCCGAUGUCCCGCGGGGCCCGCUGGAGCCAGGGCCAGACGACAACUGCAGCCGCGGGGCGCCCGGAGCGUGGGAGCGGUUCCCGAGUCCAGGACCGUGCCCGGCCGAAAUGUCACCAAGAGGCGGCUUCUUUGAGACGGGGGCCCCGGCGGAACAGGGGCCGCAUCGUCUAGCAGCCCCGGGGACACACGCUACGCAGGGGCCCGAGACUCCAUGCGCUGCGGGAGCGUUGCCUCGGUGCUGGCCACCGACGGAAAAAAGGAGCAGCAUGUCGGGCAGCGUCUGAAGGAGGGAGACGGACCUUGUGAACUGUCAGCCCACGAUAGUUCAAUUAUUUAUUGUUUAUUUAUCGCUGGACGGAUUGUGCGCGGGAUUUCCCGAAUAAGCAGUCAGCAGUCAUCGCUCCACCAUCGUGGAGCGGUGCCCGUUAUUGAGGACCCGCACCACCAGGACAUGCCCUAGUCUCGCCAGGAAGGAAGGACAGACAGACAGCUUCAUCCCCUCUGCCGUCCGGUUUCUGAAUGGACUUGAACCCAUGAGCACUACCUCACUAUUUUUAAAAAUUUUCUAUUUUUGCACAACUUAUUUAAUUUAACUAUUUAAUAUAUAUUUACUGUAAUUCACUGUUUUUCUCUAUUAUUAUGCGUUGCAUUGUAUUGCUGCCCGAAAGUCGACAAAUGCCGUUGAUAUUAA